AACUAUAGAGUGGCUCUUCCCGGUUCAGUUCCACUUGUCUCUCAGCAGGGUCGGUUUCUCAUCAUCAAAAGCGCAGCCAGGCAGCAUCAGUCGUGUGAUGACAUUCUAGCUGAUCGGUUCGGUUGCGAUCACGAUCCCCGGGUUGAAAAUAAUAUCUCAUUGCACAAAUUAGUUCUUAUCGGCAACGAUCAUCUCGUUUCAACUCUGACUGAUGGUUUAGCAACGAUUUCUCGUGUGAAUAUGAAGUGCGCCGUAGUGUUGUGUGCUUACCUGUCCCUAGUUCUUGCCCAAUCAAAUCGAAUCCGUAGACCGAACAGUGCCCAGCGGGUCACCCCAGCUCCAGUGCAAACUAACGAAUUCAUCGAUGAACGGGACUGUCGAAAUGCGGGCAUGGAUGCGUCGAACGUUCAGCCCGACCCCUGGGAAUGUCUGUGCAACCAGGUGCAGUACGAACGAGCGAAUUGCGAGCAACAGCUCGGUAAACUUCUGAAAGCCAAUCCCAACGUCAAACUAUGCACCGAUCAGCCGCACUAUUAUCUCGGAGCCAACCAGAAGUGCCACUACGAAGCCGACUGGGAAACGUCGAAUAAUCCAGCCGGCAAGGCAAUGCAAUUCGCGUUGGACUUGUUCCGCACAGCAGAUCCGAAGAAUCCGACGGAAAAUUUCGUCGUAAGUCCCUUGUCUCCGCAGGUUCUUCUUGCUCAGUUGACGGACGGAUGUUCGGAACCGGCACGGAUCGAAAUGAUCAAAGCUUUACAGUUGAACAGUCGAGAGGUUAACUCCCUCGUCGAUGCGCUGUUGCUGGCUGCCAACAAGGCAUCGGAUGCCAAUAAACUGGACAUGGCAUCCAUGGUCUUCAAAUCAGUGGACGUGAAUUUAACAGAAAAAUUCAAUCUAGCUCGCAAAGAAAAUAGAAUUAGGAUGAGAGAUUUGGAUUUUUCCAAUUCGAAACAAGCCGCACAGGAGGUUAACGCUUGGGUCGGUCAGAUGACGCGGGGAAACAUUCCGGAGGCUGUGACGGAAAGUAACCUUAAUCCGGACACUGCUCUGAUGCUAUUGAACGCAAUCUACUUCAAGGGCACUUGGAAGUAUAAAUUCAACGAGUCGGAUACCAACAGACGUGGAUCUUUCGAAGUCCAGAGAGGACAGAAAAUGCCGGUACAUAUGAUGUCACAAUCAAACCGUCUGCGAUUCGGCGAAAUCCAGUUCGGUCAGUACUCGGAUCCUUACUGGGGGCUACGCUGGGUCGAACUGCCGUAUGACGGAGACGAGCUGUCAAUGAUUCUACUGUUACCGAAGGCGCGCCAUCAACUGGAUGAAUCGUUGAAGCAAGUGACUGGCCGUCAUCUUCAGGACAUUUUUAGCACUAUUCGACAAGAUUACAACCCAAUUAUGAUUAACAUGCAGGUGCCGAAGUUUACGAUUAGAGACUCUAUCUCGCUGGUUGAGCCACUGAAAAAGCUCGGCAUCAAACGAAUUUUCGAAGACGAUAGUUCUCUGUCCGAGCUUUCGACAACCCCUACCAAAGUGGCGGAUGUGAAGCAGGAAGCCUUCCUUAGCGUAGAUGAGAAAGGAACCACAGCGUCGGCGGUCACGAAAAUCACUAUCAUUCCCCUCAGCUUGAACUCGUACAGCGAUAUGGAUUUUAUUUGCGAUGAACCGUUCAUGGUUAUGAUUGUUGAUAAGACUAGAGAGAUCCCACUAUUCAUGGCGAAAAUCCGGCAACCACUGAAACAAAAACCGAAAAAAGAAACGUAAUGCCAGAUACCUACUCAUUAUAACACGUACACAAAGACUUCAUAAAUAUAUUUUAUUGUACUAAA